AUGAGCAAUAACUACAUGUCCAAGUAUGAUGAGAUGCGUAAGGGAGACUACAUGUGGUCCAAUAACAAGGAAUACAAGGCAGUUUUCCAGGAGGACGGUAACUUUGUCAUCUAUGGCUGGAGGCAGAUGUGGUCCUCUGACACCGCCGGACAGCGUGACGCCUACCGCCUGUGCAUGCAAGACGACAGCAACUUUGUCAUGUACAAGAGGGAUAACAAAAUGAUGUGGCAAACCAAGAGCCAGGCUCAAGGGUUCAAGAUGUGCCGCAUGUACCUGCGUAACGACGGCAACCUGGUCGUUGAGAAGGACGGAGAAGAAAUGUGGAACUCUUCUUCCUCCAAGGGUCACAAGCAGUGA